AUGACUUCAGUCGGUGUGCCAAUCAAGAUUCUCCACGAAGCUGAAGGACAUGUUGUCACUCUUGAGACCGUCACGGGCGAGGUAUACAGAGGAAAGCUCAUCGAGGCAGAAGACAACAUGAACUGCCAACUUUCUGAAACCAUCGUCACUUUCCGAGACGGAAGAAGUCAUCAGUUGGAGAACGUGUUCAUUCGCGGAAACAAGAUUCGUUUCAUGAUACUGCCAGAUAUGUUGAAAAACGCGCCAAUGUUCAAAAAUAUCGGAAGAGCCCAGAAAGGAGCCAUCGGAAUGGGUCUCGGAGGUAUCGAUCCACGCGGACGGGGACGUGGUACAGCUUUCCGCAGACCGAUGGGUCGCGGUGGACCACGCGGAAUGUCUCGUCCAGGAGGAGCUCCGCCAUUCCGUGGAUAA